AGGGGAGGGGAGAACCAGUGCCCCCCCUCCCCUUCCUUUCCUAGACAUUGGGAAAAUACCUUCUAUUACUUCCUCAAGAUGGCGGACCCCAUCAUGGAUCUGUUUGAUGACCCAAAUUUAUUUGGGCUGGACUCUCUGACUGAUGAUAGCUUUAACCAGGUUACUCAAGAUCCUAUUGAGGAAGCCCUUGGACUGCCAAGUUCUCUGGACUCCUUGGAUCAAAUGAACCAGGAUGGUGGAGGUGGUGAUGUGGGGAGUUCAUCAGCAAGUGGCCUGGUCCCUCCACCAGAGGAAACAGCCCCCACAGAACUUCCCAAAGAAUCUACAGCUCCAGCUCCAGAAUCCUUAACCUUGCAUGAUUAUACCACUCAGCCCACCAGCCAGGAACAGCCAGCCCAACCUGUCUUACAGACAUCUACGCCAACAUCAGGACUUCUGCAGGUCUCCAAGAGCCCGGAGAUCCUGAGCCAAGGGAAUCCUUUCAUGGGUGUCUCUGCCACAGCUAUCCCCUCCAGUAAUCAUGGGGGACAACCACCUCAGUCAGCCCCUAAGAUUGUUAUCCUUAAGGCCCCACCAAGUUCCUCAGUCACUGGUGCCCAUGUGGCACAAAUUCAGGCUCAAGGUAUCACCAGCACAGCUCAGCCCCUGGUGGCUGGCACAGCCAAUGGUGGAAAAGUCACUUUUACCAAAGUGCUAACUGGCACACCCCUUCGACCAGGUGUUUCCAUUGUCUCUGGUAAUACAGUGUUGGCCGCCAAGGUCCCUGGGAACCAGGCUGCUGUUCAGCGCAUUGUCCAGCCCAGCCGACCAGUAAAGCAGCUGGUCCUCCAGCCAGUUAAGGGUUCAGCUCCUGCUGGAAACCCUGGGGCCGCAGGGCCCCCACUGAAGCCUGCAGUUACACUGACCUCUACACCUACUCAGGGUGAAUCAAAACGCAUCACCCUGGUCCUCCAGCAGCCACAGUCUGGAGGUCCCCAAGGACAUCGACAUGUUGUGUUAGGGAGUCUACCAGGCAAGAUAGUAUUACAGGGCAACCAGCUGGCAGCCCUGACUCAAGCCAAGAAUGCCCAGGGACAGCCUGCCAAAGUUGUGACUAUCCAGCUGCAGGUGCAACAGCCACAGCAAAAAAUCCAGAUUGUACCACAGCCUCCAUCAUCACAGCCUCAGCCCCAGCAAUCACCCUCAACCCAGCCAUUGACUCUCUCUUCUGUGCAGCAGGCUCAGAUAAUGGGACCAGGACAAAGCCCAGGACAGAGACUCUCAGUACCACUCAAGAUGGUAUUGCAGCCACAGGCUGGCUCUUCCCAAGGAGCUUCUUCUGGCCUUUCUGUAGUUAAAGUUUUAAGUGCCAGUGAAAUGGCAGCUCUGUCAUCGCCAGCAAGCUCUGUUCCACAUACGGGAGGAAAAACAGGAAUGGAGGAAAACCGAAGACUGGAGCACCAGAAGAAGCAAGAAAAAGCAAAUCGGAUUGUAGCAGAGGCCAUAGCUAGGGCCCGAGCCCGGGGUGAGCAGAACAUACCUCGCGUCCUCAAUGAGGAUGAACUGCCUAGUGUUCGACCAGAGGAGGAAGGUGAAAAGAAACGCAGGAAGAAGAACAGUGGGGAGAGGCUGAAGGAAGAAAAGCCAAAGAAGAGUAAAACCUCUGGUUCUUCUAAAACUAAAGGCAAGAGUAAGCUAAACACUAUCACUCCUGUAGUGGGUAAGAAGAGAAAGCGUAAUACUUCAUCUGAUAAUUCAGAUGUGGAAGUCAUGCCUGCACAGUCACCCCGGGAGGAUGAAGAAAGCAGCAUUCAGAAGAGACGCUCAAACCGCCAAGUGAAGCGAAAAAAAUAUACAGAGGACCUGGAUAUAAAGAUUACAGAUGAUGAAGAGGAAGAAGAGGUAGAUGUAACUGGUCCAAUAAAACCUGAGCCUAUCCUUCCUGAACCAGUACAAGAACCAGAUGGUGAGACUUUGCCUUCCAUGCAGUUUUUUGUGGAGAAUCCCAGUGAAGAAGAUGCGGCUAUUGUGGACAAAGUGCUUUCUAUGCGGGUUGUGAAGAAGGAGCUUCCUUCUGGACAGUAUACCGAAGCAGAAGAAUUCUUUGUCAAGUAUAAGAACUAUUCCUAUCUGCACUGUGAAUGGGCUACUAUCUCUCAACUAGAGAAGGAUAAAAGAAUCCAUCAAAAACUAAAGCGCUUCAAAACCAAAAUGGCUCAGAUGAGACACUUCUUCCAUGAGGAUGAAGAGCCCUUUAAUCCAGACUAUGUAGAGGUGGAUAGGAUAUUGGAUGAGUCUCACAGCAUAGACAAGGAUAAUGGUGAGCCUGUAAUUUACUACCUGGUGAAAUGGUGCUCUCUGCCCUAUGAGGAUAGUACAUGGGAGCUGAAGGAGGAUGUUGAUGAGGGAAAAAUUCGAGAAUUUAAACGCAUCCAGUCCAGACACCCAGAACUCAAAAGGGUGAAUCGUCCACAGGCAAAUGCCUGGAAGAAGUUGGAGCUGUCACAUGAAUAUAAAAACAGGAACCAGUUACGGGAAUAUCAAUUGGAAGGGGUCAAUUGGCUCCUCUUUAAUUGGUAUAACAGGCAGAACUGCAUUCUGGCUGAUGAGAUGGGAUUGGGAAAAACUAUUCAGUCCAUUGCCUUCUUGCAGGAGGUAUAUAAUGUGGGCAUCCAUGGCCCCUUCUUGGUCAUUGCUCCACUAUCCACAAUUACCAACUGGGAACGAGAAUUCAAUACAUGGACAGAGAUGAACACUAUUGUAUACCAUGGCAGCCUGGCUAGCCGGCAGAUGAUUCAGCAAUAUGAAAUGUACUGCAAAGAUUCAAGGGGGCGCCUCAUCCCAGGUGCUUACAAAUUUGAUGCCUUGAUUACGACUUUUGAGAUGAUUUUGUCAGACUGUCCAGAACUUCGUGAAAUUGAAUGGCGUUGUGUCAUCAUUGAUGAGGCCCAUCGGUUAAAAAACCGUAAUUGCAAGCUGCUUGAUAGUCUAAAGCACAUGGACCUGGAGCACAAAGUGUUACUCACGGGAACACCAUUGCAAAAUACUGUGGAGGAAUUGUUUAGCUUGCUUCAUUUCUUGGAACCUUCACAGUUUCCUUCAGAAUCAGAAUUCCUCAAGGAUUUUGGGGAUCUUAAGACAGAGGAACAGGUUCAAAAACUACAGGCCAUUCUCAAGCCAAUGAUGCUGAGAAGACUUAAAGAGGAUGUUGAAAAAAACUUGGCUCCUAAACAGGAAACUAUUAUUGAAGUAGAGCUAACUAACAUCCAGAAGAAAUACUAUCGGGCUAUUUUGGAAAAGAAUUUCUCCUUCCUUUCCAAAGGAGCCGGUCAUACUAACAUGCCUAAUCUACUCAACACAAUGAUGGAGCUGCGCAAGUGCUGUAACCACCCAUAUCUCAUCAAUGGUGCAGAAGAAAAAAUCCUAACAGAGUUUCGGGAAGCUUGCCACAUUAUACCUCAUGACUUUCACCUGCAGGCCAUGGUUCGCUCUGCUGGCAAAUUGGUUCUUAUUGACAAGUUACUUCCAAAGCUUAAAGCUGGUGGCCAUAAAGUUCUAAUCUUUUCCCAGAUGGUACGCUGUCUAGAUAUCCUAGAAGACUAUCUAAUCCAGAGGAGGUACUUGUAUGAACGCAUAGAUGGUCGAGUUAGAGGAAACCUUCGACAGGCUGCUAUUGAUCGCUUUAGUAAGCCUGACUCUGACCGCUUUGUCUUCUUGCUGUGUACCCGAGCUGGUGGACUUGGAAUUAACCUUACAGCUGCUGAUACCUGCAUCAUCUUUGAUUCAGAUUGGAAUCCACAAAAUGACUUGCAGGCCCAGGCACGGUGUCAUCGAAUUGGACAGAGCAAAGCUGUGAAGGUGUACCGACUCAUCACUCGUAAUUCCUAUGAGAGAGAAAUGUUUGAUAAGGCUAGCCUCAAGUUGGGAUUGGAUAAGGCUGUGCUUCAGUCCAUGAGUGGUCGGGAUGGCAACAUCACUGGUAUCCAGCAGUUCUCCAAAAAAGAGAUUGAAGAUCUCUUAAGAAAAGGGGCUUAUGCAGCCAUAAUGGAGGAAGAUGAUGAGGGCUCCAAGUUUUGUGAAGAGGACAUAGACCAGAUCUUGUUAAGACGAACUACAACCAUCACUAUUGAAUCUGAAGGAAAAGGCUCUACCUUUGCCAAGGCAAGCUUUGUUGCUUCUGAAAAUAGAACAGAUAUUUCUCUAGAUGAUCCCAAUUUUUGGCAAAAAUGGGCCAAAAAGGCUGACCUAGACAUGGACCUGCUUAAUAGCAAGAAUAAUUUGGUGAUUGACACACCUAGAGUACGGAAACAGACCCGCCACUUCAGCACUCUGAAAGAUGAUGACUUGGUUGAAUUCUCUGAUUUAGAAAGUGAGGAUGAUGAGAGGCCACGCUCCCGAAGACAUGAUCGUCAUCAUGCUUAUGGGCGCACAGACUGCUUUCGGGUGGAAAAGCAUCUCCUAGUAUAUGGUUGGGGACGAUGGCGAGAUAUUUUAUCCCAUGGACGUUUUAAGCGGCGGAUGACUGAACGAGAUGUGGAGACAAUAUGUCGUGCCAUCCUUGUAUAUUGCUUGCUACACUACCGUGGAGAUGAAAAUAUCAAAGGCUUCAUUUGGGAUUUGAUUAGCCCUGCUGAAAAUGGCAAGACAAAAGAAUUGCAGAAUCAUUCAGGUCUGUCAAUCCCUGUGCCCCGUGGACGCAAGGGCAAAAAAGUUAAGUCACAAAGUACUUUUGACAUCCAUAAGGCAGAUUGGAUCCGGAAAUAUAAUCCUGAUACUCUUUUCCAAGAUGAGAGUUAUAAGAAGCAUUUGAAACAUCAAUGUAACAAGGUACUGUUGAGAGUACGAAUGCUGUAUUACCUAAGGCAAGAGGUUAUUGGAGACCAGGCAGAGAAGGUAUUAGGUGGUGCCAUUGCCAGUGAGAUUGACAUAUGGUUCCCAGUUGUGGAUCAGCUGGAAGUUCCAACAACCUGGUGGGACAGUGAGGCUGAUAAGUCUCUUCUCAUUGGAGUCUUCAAGCAUGGUAGGGUUGACUUUGAUAAGGACUGUGAAGAUCCUGAAUAUAAACCACUCCAAGGGCCCCCAAAAGAUCAAGAUGAUGAGGGUGAUCCCUUGAUGAUGAUGGAUGAGGAGAUCUCAGUGAUUGAUGGAGAUGAAGCCCAGGUGACUCAACAACCAGGGCAUCUAUUCUGGCCUCCAGGAUCUGCCUUAACAGCUCGGCUUCGCCGCCUAGUAACAGCCUAUCAGCGCAGCUACAAGAAAGAACAAAUGAAGAUAGAGGCUGCAGAACGUGGGGACCGACGGCGACGGCGUUGUGAAGCAGCCUUCAAGUUAAAAGAAAUUGCACGGCGGGAAAAACAACAACGAUGGACUAGGCGUGAACAAACUGACUUCUAUCGAGUAGUGUCUACCUUUGGUGUGGAAUAUGACCCUGACAACAUGCAGUUCCAUUGGGAUCGGUUCCGUACUUUUGCUCGACUAGAUAAAAAGACAGAUGAAAGCCUAACCAAGUAUUUCCAUGGAUUUGUAGCCAUGUGCCGACAAGUGUGCCGCCUUCCUCCAGCAGCUGGAGAUGAACCCCCAGACCCUAACCUGUUCAUUGAGCCCAUCACUGAGGAAAGGGCCUCAAGGACUCUCUACCGCAUUGAAUUGCUUCGGCGUUUACGGGAACAAGUUUUAUGCCACCCACUUUUGGAAGAUAGGCUGGCAUUAUGUCAGCCUCCAGGUCCAGAAUUGCCCAAAUGGUGGGAGCCUGCUCGUCAUGAUGGGGAGCUUCUACGAGGGGCAGCUCGCCAUGGGGUGAGCCAAACAGACUGUAACAUCAUGCAGGACCCAGACUUCUCUUUUCUGGCUGCUCGUAUGAAUUAUAUGCAGAACCAUCAGGCAGGAGCACCAGCUACAUCCUUAUCUCGCUGCUCCACUCCACUGCUACACCAGCAGUAUACCUCGCGCACUGCCUCACCAUUGCCCCUGCGCCCAGAUGCUCCUGUUGAAAAGUCACCUGAGGAGACAGCUGUCCAAGUCCCCAAUUUGGAGAGUCUGACUUUAAAGCUAGAGCAUGAGGUGGUGGCCAGGAGCCGACCAACCCCUCAAGACUAUGAAAUGCGUGUAGCCCCCUCUGAUCCUACCCCUCUGGUGUCCCGGAGUGUUCCACCAGUCAAACUGGAAGAUGAGGAUGAUUCAGACUCUGAGCUGGACUUGAGCAAGCUGUCACCAUCAUCCUCUUCUUCCUCAUCCUCAUCCAGCUCCAGCUCCAGCACUGAUGAGAGUGAGGACGAGAAAGAAGAGAAGUUAACUGCUGACCGAUCCUGCCCAAAGUUCUAUGAUGAAGAAAGUCUAUUGUCCCUCACUAUGUCUCAAGAUGGAUUCCCAAAUGAAGAUGGAGAACAAAUGACUCCUGAACUGCUGCUACUGCAGGAAAGACAAAGAGCCUCUGAAUGGCCCAAGGAUCGUGUCCUGAUAAACCGAAUUGACCUCGUCUGUCAGGCUGUACUCUCAGGGAAAUGGCCUUCUAGCCGAAAGACCCAGGAAAUGAUAACAGGAGGAAUUUUGGGGCCUGGCAACCAUUUAAUAGACAGCCCCUCUUUGACCCCAGGAGAAUAUGGUGACUCUCCAGUUCCUACACCACGAAGCAGCAGUGCAGCUUCCAUGGCAGAGGAGGAGGCUUCUGCAGUCACCACAGCAGCAGCCCAGUUUACCAAACUGCGCAGAGGCAUGGAUGAGAAGGAGUUUACAGUUCAGAUCAAAGAUGUAAGCGCAGUAUGCAGGCCCUGGGACGUGGAUAAGGAGACUGUAGUUCUUCCCUGCCCCACUCCCCCCCCAGUGUACAGUGCCAUAUUUAUUUUAUGUAAAUCAGUGAUGGUAAACUGUGAACAACCGUCACUAGGCAAGUGCAUUGAUUUAUUGACAGUCUUAGAUCUUUUACUAACAAAGAAGUCUGUUGGCUUGUUUCCCCCCCCCACACACACACACACUUGUUCUUUACUAUCUUUUAUUCCUGUCUCCCAGGGUCACUAUGCUGAAACUGCUUUCAACCGAGUUUUGCCAGGGCCUAUUGCACCGGAGAGCAGCAAGAAGCGGGCUCGUAGGACACGACCAGACCUUUCUAAGAUGAUGGCCCUGAUGCAGGGUGGAAGCACUGGGUCCCUAUCUCUGCAUAAUACCUUCCAGCACAGCAGCAGUGGCUUACAGUCUGUGUCUCCUCUGGGUCACAGCAGUGCCACUUCUGCAUCUUUGCCUUUUAUGCCGUUUGUGAUGGGCGGUACAGCAUCAUCCCCCCAUGUAGACUCCAGCACCAUGCUUCAUCACCACCACCACCACCACCACCACCCCCAUCCCCACCAUCACCACCAUCACCAUCCAGGUUUGAGAGCCACUGGCUACCCAUCUUCACCAGUAACUACCACCUCUGGUACUGCCUUUCGGUUACCACCACUACAACCUGAAGAAGAGGAUGAGGAUGAGGAUGAAGAUGAUGAUGAUUUAUCUCAGGGCUAUGAUAGCUCAGAAAGAGACUUUUCACUCAUUGAUGAUCCUAUGAUGCCAGCCAACUCAGACUCCAGUGAAGAUGCUGAUGACUGAAGCCCCAGCAUAGUCCCCCUUGCUUGAGUGGCUGCUGAAUUUUCACUUACUCUGGCCCUUGGACUACAGAAAAGCGGGAGGGGCAGGGGAGAUA